UUCCGGUGAUGACAGGCGCCUUCAUGGACUCAUCUCCCAAUGAUGACUACAGCACCGACCAUUCUCUGUUCAACUCGUCCGCCAGCGUCCACGCUGCCUCCAUGGCAGUUCACAGCCAGCCUGAAGAGCCCCAGUCAAUGUCUGGGGACGCCAUUUGGCUCUGGAUCGCCAUCACUGCCACCAUUGGGAACAUAGUAGUUGUGGGUGUAGUGUACGCCUUCACAUUCUAAGAGCUCUGAGCCAGGAUGUUUGAAAGAACGUGGGGUAUAGUUUCUGACUGUAUGAGCAGCAAUGUGCUGUGAGCACACUCUCUGUCAACCAGAUGACUCACCAAAUGGAAAUUUGUCAUAGAACACAGCAAAAUUACCCAGCAGUCAUCAGUCGCAAAGCACUUGAGUCAUAAUCUGCCAAUGCAGUGUAGAAGAGUGGAAAAAAGUGUAUAUAUUACAUAUAUUUCUGAGGAUAUAAAGGUGGUAAUAGCAGACAUAAAGUAAAUAUGUCUUAUUUCUUCAGUGCGUUUAUGUGCUUCAAAGUGUGUUUCUGUUUUCCUUUAAUGGCCGAUAUAUACUUAAUAUACUGAAAAAUGUUUACUUACAGUUUUUUGCAGGGACUUGUGUGAAGGCUUCAGGGUGGGGGUGAUGGAUCGGACAAGGCACCCUUCUAAAGGAGGCGUACCCCUGUAGGACUUCUGAAAAAAUUAUGUAAUACUGUAGGAAACAUCAGGGUAGUGUGUGAGUUGGUGUGUUUGGCUGGCUGUGUAAGCUCAGCAGAAGAGGUGAGCAGAUACUGUUUUGUUCCAUUAUUCCAUUAGAAAAACUUUUAUUCUGAAACAACAGAUUCAAGGACAAACAUUCCAACUUUUCAAACCCUUGAAAUAUUUAAAUGUGGUGUUAUUUUGUGUUUUUACUGUUAACCCUGUCUGUAAAUUUCCUGUUUCCCAUUAACGUUUGGCCAAAGACACUUUAUUUGUAACUGUAACAGUACUUCAAGAUUCAAGAGGUUUAUUAUCAGAAACACAAAGUUUGUACGUACAAUGAAAAUCUUACUUUGCCCGACUCCCUGAGGCAAAACACAAGUAGAAGAGUAGAAUAUAAAACAAAAAAUUUUAAUAUAAAAUAUAACUAAAUAUAACAUAACUUACAACUUAAAGUGAAGAACACUGUACAGUAAACAAAGAAACCUGAGUUGAAUAAGGUGCUCUAUGCCUCACAGUUACACUUAAGGUGCUGUGUGACAUUACAUCACAGUGGGAGUAAAUUGGUGUGGGCUGUACUGUUUUAGAGAGUUACUUGUAAAUCAACCUAAACUGUGGUUUCCCCUAUGGCGUUAGAAUUAUGUCAUAUGUCACAAUAAAAUGGAAGCAGAGCAGCCGGAGGACAUCAGAGGGCAAACCAGAAAAUAUUUACUCCAUCAAAUAUGAUCCAGUUUGACCAAAAACCGUAAAUAAAGUUAUGAAAGUUGUACUGUAAUUAGUUAGGCCCUAGGUCCUCCGAAACAUUCCACUCCAGACUUAGAGACUUAGACUUAGACUUCACUUUAUUGAUCCCUUUGGGAUGACUCCCUUAAGGAAAUUGAAUUUCCAGCAGCUUACAAAAAACUUAUAAAAAAUGAAAGAGGUAUAAAAAAAAAUACAAUAAAAUACAAUAUAAGAUAAACUCUUAGCUAAAUAUAGAAAGUAAACAAUAAACAGUAAAUAAACUCCAUGAUAUUUUCACAACUUGCCAUCAGACCAGUGCCAGAAAUAAUAUAAGAUAAGAAAAGAUAAGAUAAGAUGACUUUAUUGAUUCCACACUGGAGAAAAUCACUUGCUACAGCAGCUCCAGAUACAACACAACAGAUAAGAAAAGUACACAAUAAAUAAAACGCUAUUUUACAGCUUUUAUACAGAUAAGGUCACGUUAAUUUGGAUCACUGAAUUCAAACAAUAACACAAACAAACAAACCAA